AGUGUGUGAGCGGACGUCAGGGAGGGAAGGUGUAUCGUGCGUCUGUGCGGGGAAAUCGUCACACCCUCUUCCUCAGGGUCAUAUAUUUUUCCCUUUUAGGGGGAUUUCCAGUGUCUCAGCCCCUUUCCAGCGAGUGAGCGAUCCUCUCCGGUAUUCAGACCAGGCAGCAAAUCGACGUAAAAGUGAUCUUUCGACCCCCCUUUUUCCCAUUAUAUUAUAUAUUUUUUUUAUACACAAUUUGCACGUUGCAAAGGGGGACGUGUUACAAGGCAGUCUGCAAUUUCCCGUGCUUGAUGGCUCUCCUCCCAACCCCGUCGACAUGUAUCUAAAACAGUGAAAUACACACACAUAUAUAAAUAUAUAUAGUGUGUGGGCGAAAAAAAUAUAUAUAUACGUGUCAAGAUCCGUAAAAUUCCUGGGUGGUUUUCCGAUGUCCGAAAGCAUGCAUCUGCAGGGGACUUUUUACAUCUUGAAUAAACGUUGCAGAGUUACACUUACAGACGAUGGCAUCAGCUGGGAGCCUGAAGGAACGCCUGAUUUGUACCGGUGCAUCGCCGCCUCCGAGAUCCUGGGCUGCUGGCUGUGCCCCAAAGGGUCGCCCAAAUGCUGCCUCCACGCCCACCCGACGGCCACGGGCGGUCCCUCGGCCGUGGGCGUGGGCGGCUGUAAGCACUCGACGGCGAAGGGCGUGGGCGCGGGGUUGACGCUGGAGUUCUGUCAGCGCGGCGAGGGCGUGAAGUGGAAGGCGCGGGCGGUGGUGCUGCUCCACGCCGCCCCCGAGGUGGUGCUGGCGUGGCACCACGCGCUGUGGGCGCUGCUCAGAGGCCUCCCCCAGCGCCCACGUCGACUGCUGGUGAUCAUCAACCCCGUGGGCGGACGGAAGCGCGCCCACCACAUCUACGCCCGCAAGGUGGCGCCUCUCUUUCAGCGGGCGGCCAUCCAGGCUCAGGUUGUGCAGACGGAGCGCCAGGGCCACGGGCGAGAGCUGGUGGAGAAGCACGCCCUCGCGCGUGGGCGUGUGGACGGCGUGGUGGUGGUGGGCGGCGACGGGCUGGUCAACGAGGUGGUCACGGGGCUGCUCCUGCGGGCGGCGAGCGACGUGGGCGUGGACCCCCAUGACCCCGAGGCCGCCCUGCCGCCCACGGGCACCAGGGUCGGCAUCAUACCAGGUGGCAGCACGGACGCCACCUGCCACGGCACGCACGGAACGAGUGACGUCACCACGGCGGCGCUGCAUAUCAUUAUGGGCGACAGCCGGAGCGUGGACGUGGCGGCGGUGCACGGCCAGGGGCAGCUGCUGGGCGUCGCCACCACCAUGGUCUCCUACGGGUACUUCGGCGACCUCCUGCAGUCGUCGGAGCGGUGGCGGAAGCUGGGGCCGUCGCGCUACAUCGUGUCGGGCCUUCUGCAGGUCAUCCGGAACAGGUCGUACGAGGGGCAGGUGCGAGUGCGGUACCCGGCCACGCCCCUCGCGCAGCCCGACGACCCGAGGCCCUGCAGCCAGCACUGUGGCGUCUGCUCGAAGGCGUCGCGCGCCGCGCCCCUGCCCGGCGAGUGGCACCAGUUCAACGGUCGGUGGAGUGUGCUGACGUCGGCCGUGGCCUCCUGCUCCUGCCGCCUGACGCCCCACGGGGUAUCUCCUUCGGCGCACCUCGGCGACGGCUGCGCGGACCUCAUCCUCGUCUCGGGCGGAUCCAGGUUCCGAAUCCUCAGCUACCUGUACCGCACCAGCUGCACGGGCGAUUCGCUGAGCUUGGGCCACGUGGACGUCCACCGCGUGCAGGAGCUGCAGUUCACGCCGAAGCUCUCCGGGCCGCAGUCCUCGUGGAACUGCGACGGCGAGCAGCUCAGCGAACCGGCGCUGACCAUCAAGAUUCACUGCCAGCGACUGAAGCUGUUUUGUCGCGGAGUCGAACACAGGACCGAUGAUUCGCCGAAGUCAGCGCCAAAGACCAAAACGGCUUCCCCUUAAUAACUUUUGUCAAUUUAGAUGUAUAUAUAUAUGUAUUUUUUUUUUUAUUCGCUACAAUUAUUAUUUUCUAUGAUUAA